AUGAACCUCUGGCUUUUGUCGCUUUACUUCCUGCCAGUAUUUGGAGCUCUGAAAGUCCUCCCAGUAGUCAAUCUGGAAGGAGAGCUAGGUGGAUCCAUUACCUUUGAAUGCCCACUGCCUAAAACACAUACAAGGAUUUAUCUGUGCCGGGAGAUGGCUGGAUCUGGAGCAUGUACCACUGUGGUGUCUAAUGGCCACUUUGUCAAGAAAGAAUAUGAAGGUCGAGUCAAACUGAAGCUGUGCCCAGACAGGCAUUUGUUCCUAGUAGAGAUGAAAGAGAUGACUGAGAAUGACAGCGGAGUCUAUGCCUGUGGGGUGGGCAUGAAAACAGACCUUGGCAAGACCCAGCAAAUCACCCUGAGCAUCAGUGAGUUUUAUCCAUUCUGGGAAUAUGAACCAGUACCUCAGACCCCAAGAUGGUUUGAUGAACUUCUAUACCAGACGAUGGCCCCUAUGCCCCCUUGGUUCCAGAUGCCUGAAGAUGCUAGUCCUUCUGAAUUCAUUUCCAAAGCAACCACACCAGAUCAAAGGACCCAGACCCCUCCAGUCCAUCACCCAUCCCCCCAAACCCCAAUCCCCCACCGACCUCCAAUUUCCAGAGCAUCUUCAGUGGCAGCUGAUAAGCCCCCAACACCCCUGCCAUCUACCACAGCCUCAAAGACCUCAGCCCAGGAGGAGCAGUUCUGGCCCCAGCCGGCCAGCUACAACGACCAAACCAGGCUGCACAGACAGAGAGCCUUCAACUAUGGGUCAUCUCCUUAUGAGGACCAAGGAUUUCACAUCCUGAUCCCCACCAUCCUGGGUCUUAUGCUCCUGGCACUUCUGGGGAUGGUGGUGAAAAGGGCCAUUCAAAGGAGGAAAGUCCUCUCCAGGAGGGUCCGUCGUCUGGCGAUUAGGCUGCGCGCCCUAGAGGCCUCCCAGCGGCCCCGGUCUUCGCAGUGGCUUCGAGUGUCGCAGCGGCAGCGUUCCCAAAACAUCUACAGCGCCUGCCCGCAGAGAGCUCGGGGAGAACACACUGCAAGUGAGCGAGUGCGCGAGCGAGCAGCGCUGGCGGGCGGGCUGCAGGAACCGACGCAUCCGGCCCGAGGGUGUUCGGCGCCGACACCUCUCCCAGCCACAGGAUCACCCCAGCCCACCGCCCAGCCCCAGGUGCCUGAAGCUCCCUGGUUCCAUGACCCGCCCCUGAAGACCGACUGUGAAUAUGUGAGCUGCUACCACCAGCCUCCUGCCAAGACAGAGGAUGCUGAUUCAGAUGACUAUGUCAAUAUUCCUUUCCUGACUCAUCUCCCCAGCUGUGCUCCCAGGCCCGGGCCUUUGUGCCCAUGA